AGGAGGGACUCAUCAGAGAAGGGAGGGAGCUCCCAAGGCCACCUUUGAGGGUUCUGUGCUUGUGUAUAUGUGUGUAUGUGUGCAUGUGUUUGUGUGUCCAGUUCCCUAGCUGACCUAAGGGCAGGGCAGAUCUAACCCCACCUGAGUGUUGCUCUGCCCCCGAACUGGCUCACCACAAACGUCCUAGCACAGAGGGGACCUGGACUAUACCCAGCUCCCAGGGGCAGGAGUGGACUUCAGGCUAUAACACAAAAUAGGAGAAUCACUCUAGGGUGAGGUCAAAGGUCAAUUUCAUGCACAGGUGCUAGAUCCCUCUCCUCUAGGUUAAUAAAUAUUCCCGGGGAGAAAAAGAGCAAGACAGAGAAACCUAGGGCUCCAGUUCUGAAAGGCUUUCUUAGGUCCCAUGAUGAGAGCCAAUCCCCAACACUGGGGGCUGGGGAGGGAUGGCUGAAGAAAACCAUCUACUUCUGUUUGGUUGGAUUCUGCUAUGGCCUACCUGAUCUCACAUUGGCUCUGUUUGCAAAAACAGCUUAUCUAACCUAAGGAACCCUUUACCUGUGACCUUGGGGAAAAUUCCCUAAAUAUUCAGACAUUUUAGACAUCUGAGAACAUGUUUAGAUUCUUGCUUCCUUUCUGCCCCUAUGUCCAAAUCUGACCCUUAAUCAUGUAAAGGCUUUCUUGGGCUCUGAUUAAUGAACUUUCCCCCAGAAAAACCGAAGGUGUAUCAAGGGGUCCGGGUGAAGAUCACAGUGAAGGAGCUGCUGCAGCAGAGGAGGGCUCACCAAGCGGCAUCAGGGGGAACCUUGUCCCGGAGCACCAGCGUCCAGCUUUCAGAAGCAGUUUCGCCUUCUUCUGCAGCCCCCUAUUUCGAGCCAGAGACUCUUUCUCCUGCUCCCAACUAUUUUCAGCCUCGACAGUUUUCCAGUUGUGUAUCCUGUGAAGAAAAUCCCAGCUGCCUUGACCAGGUCUUUGAGUCCUACCUUCCAACAGAGACGCUCCUGGACCAUUCACUGAGCUCCACACAGGGCGUUCCACCAUGUUUCCAGGACAGCUUUCAGGCUACCCCUUUCUGCUUUAAUGAGAGCCUGGCACCAGCUUCACCCUCUGAAUCAUCCACUCUGUCUAGUCCUCUGGAGUACAGUUAUUCCCUACCUCAGCAACCAUCCUUGGCUCCAGUGACUUACAGCUCUCCUUCCUCCCUGGACACCAGGAACUGUGGGUAUCCCCCAGAAGAGUACUCAUACCAUCAUUUCCACUCUCAUCCCCAGUACGGUUGUUGCACCUCUUCCUCUUCUUCCUCUGUCUGUUACUGCACAUCAUGGGACACAGAGCACCUGGAAACCAUCAAAGUAUCAGAGUAUUUCUCCUAUUCAGAUACAGACUACAUAGACUAUUCCCAUUCCCUGCCGACAGCCGUGGCCGAUGAUUUCUAUAGAAGGGAAGCAGAUUGUGACAUCUGCUACAGUUAGUGGGAAUGGGAUGUCUUUGGAGUAUUAUACGUGUAUAUUUUGCUACUCAAGUUAGAUGACACCUCAAAAAUGCCAUCUAGGAAUGGAGAUCACAGAGUUCAGUUUACACCUUCACUACAGUUUUUUUUUUAAUAUCCUGACAUUAACUUAGUCAUUGAUAAUAAAUCCUCUAAAUCCUGCCAUAGCGACACUUCUGUCUUGUACACUUACAGUUAAGAUUCCUUAAAGAAAACUUUCAUUUAUUUGUUUUACUCUCCUGUAUAACAUUUUCA